AUGUCGGACGACGGGGGUUGGAGCUGGUUCCCGGAUACCAAAGCCAAUGACCAGGCAAAAUGGCGUCGGACGGCUCUGGCAAAGCGAGCUAACGUCGGUGGAACGACUGCAGAAAAUACUCCAAACCCGAAAGGAAAUGUCCAUUUUCAGCUAAAUGGGAAUACUUCCAAACCCAUUGAUGGAUUUGAUGAGUGUCGCGAGUCUCUUGUGGCGGCUUCGGCUGCAAACGAGAAUUCACACUCGACCCAGGCUUCCGAAGUUUCGCAGGGCCCCGGAAUAGUCUACAGUCCAGGGAAUCUGGUUGAAAAUAUCUCAGCCGCUCCGGAGGUCUCCCCAGUACGUUCUGAAAGACCGAGCCCUGGCUCCAAACCGUUUCUUGAGGACCAGGCCCGGAACCAGCGCGACCGGGCCUCGCAGGAGCUUCAACCAACUAUGGCCGAAUCACUAAAUGCGAUUACGGAGAAGUUCCUCAACAUCGAUGUCCUGGAUCAAAGACAGGACGUUUCCCGGUAUAUGGCUUACUUACUAGAUGCCAUCGAUAUGCUUGGCGCCAGGAUCAACUUCCUCGAGGCCAAGGAUACCGAUAGUAGAAAGCAUCCCACCAGUCAGCUUGAAACUCCCCGAUCGCCCGGAAGACAUACGGACAUCUUCGUUGGUAAAGUGCUUCACAGGGUCACCUGUUCUAACAGAAACCACCAUCAUCCUGUUGCCUACUAUGAAGAUAAACCAACCUACAGAGACCGACACUCAGGGGGCGAGGGAAAGCUGAUGGGUGACAAGAUUGUUCACAGUCUUGACGACUACCUUGGUCUGCGGUCGAAAGUAUCUUUUCUCGUCGUGCACGACCAUUCUUGCACAGGCCACUUCCAGUCUGACGACCGCACGUUCGAGGAUAAUCACCGACGGAACCUGGGACCAAACAAAGAGAAUCUUCGAGUAGUAGCACCUCUGCUCCAGGAAGCAUUGCUUAAAGUCGCGGAAUACUCCCCAAUACAGGGCCUCCCGCUAGCCUUCCUCAGAGACCAGGGAAUGGGCGCACCGUACCCGUUUCUAUUUCACCACCACAAAAAACUCGUUGAGCUCGCCCGAGAAGAGAUAUACGAGGGUGUAUUGCGUCCUCUGCUAGAUUUCUUGGCCACAAAUUACAGAAAAGAGUACGAAGAGGCCAAUUCUCUGUUCGAGGCAGGAGUUGUGAAGAGUUGCCAUCUCACAAAGCUAUUCAAACCAAACCAAAUGGUUAUCAGCCGAAGUGAAUCGAAUGUAUUGCAAGCAUGCAUACUGUAUAGCUGCGUGAUACUCCAAAGAGGCAAAGUCUUAUUCCAAGGCUGGUCUUUCGUUUAUGAUGGCAAUGGGUUAAAGAGGAACCCUUGGGUACAAGAGAUCGAUGGCUUACUGGAUGAGCGGAUUCGGAUCGCGGAUCUCAAAGUUCACCCGGCGAAAUUUGCACGGCCCGAGGACAUAGAGUACCUUGAGAAAAGAGGCAGAAGAUUCUGGAGCAUGAGGAACCAAACAUACAUCUGUUACACUGGUUGGGACAAAGCCCGACUGUAUCACUACGCUGAAGAAAGGUUCAUGGUCGACAUGGCAACUUAUAAACUGAUGCAUCCAUUCUCUAACCCUUCUGGCGCGGUCACGGCAGAGCUCAUCGAGGAUCAGGUGUCUGUGAAGCUAGAUCCUUGGCCCCGGAAAGUCGACAAAACCGAGGAACUAUCGGACAAGGCCGCGAUGAUUCUUCCAAGCACGAUAUUUGGUUUCAGACUACAAGCGAAGAAGUGGAUCAACCUGCUUGUUGAUAAUUUUCACAGUAUCAAAUGGCAUCCAGAGGCCUUCGGACGUCUCGUUCUCGAUGAUUCUGUGAAGAAGAUGAUUUAUGCACUGAUUAAUGUACAGAAAUCAGCAGGCAGGAUGGAUGAUAUCAUUGCUGGCAAAGGUAAUGGCUUGAUCAUUCUGCUCCAUGGGAGUCCAGGCACUGGGAAGACUUUGACAGCAGAAAGCGUCGCGGAGAUUGCAGAGAAACCACUGUAUCGUGUCACAUGCGGAGAUAUCGGCACUGACCCAAAGGACGUCGAGAACUAUUUGGAGACGGUCCUGUACCUGGGAAAAACUUGGGAUUGUGUCCUACUUCUGGACGAGGCAGACGUGUUUCUCGAGGAACGUACUAUGGCGGACCUGCAAAGAAACAGCCUGGUAUCAAUCUUCCUCCGCACGCUCGAGUACUACGACGGGAUUCUCAUUCUGACCUCGAACCGCGUCGGCACUUUCGACGAGGCAUUCAAGUCCCGCAUUCAGGUUGCCAUCCACUACGAGAGCCUGACCAAGAAAUCCAGGAGGGCCAUCUGGCGCAACUUCUUUGACAUGAUCGAGGAGUCGGAGGACGAGGAUGCAAAUAUGGCCGAGUUGGAAAGGAGACUUGACGAGUUGGCGGCACAUGAGAUGAACGGGAGGCAGAUCCGAAACGCACUGCUCACUGCCCGACAACUUGCGAAGCACGAAGGGGAGAGGCUUGACUGGAAACAUUUGAACCAGGCUAUGAAGACAGCGGCAGACUUCAAUAAGUACCUGAAGACGGUCAAGGGUCACAGCGAUGAUCAGUGGGCGCGGGAGGAAAUGUUGAGGUAG